AUGCUGGGCAGGGAGCGGUGUGGCUGGGUGUGGGAGCGUGUGCGGGGUGUGGAGCGGUGGUGCUGGGCCGAUAAUUACCACUCAACCAAGGCCUAUCAACGCUGUUCUCGACUGGUGCCAAAACUGAGCCCUGAGGUGGGCAGCUUUGGCUUUCUGCACACGCACAGCUCUGGCAGCUUAGAUAACGACAUAUUAAACGAGCCGGUGCCACCUGAGAUGAGUGAACAGGCUUUGGAGGCCAUUUCUGAAGAGCUCCGAACUGUGCAGGAACAACUGAGUGGUCUUCAAGUCAAGCUGGAUGAAGAAGAACAUAAAAACCUGAAACUUCAGCAGAACGUUGACAAACUAGAGCACCAUUCUACACAAAUGCAGGAGCUUUUCUCAAAAGAAAGAAGUGACUGGGCCAGACAGCAGCAAGAGUGUCUCACACAGCUGAGUGAUCUGGAAAAGCAGCUUCAGGACACGCAGACCAAGAAUGACUUUUUGAAAUGUGAAGUGCAUGACCUGCGAAUUGUUCUUAACUCUGCUGACAAAGAACUUUCUUUGGUGAAACUCGAGUACAGCACCUUCAAAGAGAGCCAAGAGGAAGAGCUGAGCCAGCUUUCGGAAAAGCACGUGCAGGCUCAGCUGCAGCUGGACAAUGCCAGACUAGAAAAUGAAAAGCUUCUUGAGAGCCAAGCGUGCCUGCAGGACGCCUACGAGAGCCUGCAAGAAGUCAUGAGGUUCGAGAUUGACCAGCUUUCCAAAGACCUCCAGAACUGCAAACAGGAGAAUGAAACGUUAAAGUCUGACCUGCAUAAUUUGGUGGAGCUUUUUGAGGCAGAAAAAGAACGAAACAACAAGUUAUCAUUACAAUUUGAAGAAGAUAAAGAAAACAGCUCUAAAGAAAUCUUAAAGGUUCUUGAGGCUGUGCGUCAGGAGAAACAGAAAGAGAUGGCCAAAUGUGAACAGCAGGAACUUGUCGCCAACCUCAUGAACCAAAUCCAGGAGUUAAGAACAUCAGCUGGUGAAAAAGCAGAAACCAUAGACACCCUGAAACAAGAGUUGCAGGAUAUGAGUUGCAAAUACAGUGUUGCUAUGGCUGAGAAGGAGGAGAACAAAGAGCUGAUAAGGAGACAGGAAGAGGACAUUCUGGAGCUGAAAGAAAGUCUCAGACUGAGAAUCCUCUCAGAGGAUAUCGAGAGAGAUAUGCUUUGUGAAGAUCUGGCCCAUGCCACUGAGCAGCUGAACAUGCUCACAGAGGCCUCAAAAAACCACGCUGGACUACUGCAGUCUGCCCAGGAAGAGCUGACUAAGAAGGCGGCCCUGAUCCAGGAACUUGAGCUCCAGGUGAGCGGCACCGGCAAGGAGCCGUGGGGCAGGCUGUCCUGA